UUGCAGAUGACAAGGGAACAGUAUAUCUUGGCAACACAACACAAUAACCUGCAGAGACCUGAAAAUCAACAAGUCUAUCAAGUAGGAAUUUAUGGAUGGCGGAAGCGGUGUCUAUACUUUUUUGUGCUUCUUCUGAUGGUGACAAUGAUUGUCAAUCUUGCAUUGACAAUAUGGAUAUUGAAAGUCAUGAAAUUCUCAGUGAAUGGAAUGGGAAACCUAAAAAUCACAAAUAAAGGCAUGCGGCUGGAAGGCAAAUCAGAAUUUCUUCUUCCAUUAUAUGUCAAAGAAAUUCAUUCACGAAAGGACAGCCCACUGAUGUUGCAGUCCGACAGGAAUGUAACCGUGAAUGCUCGCAAUAACCUUGGACAGAUUACUGGACAGCUGACAGUUGGGUCUAAUGCUGUAGAGGCCCAGUGCCGAAGAUUUGAAGUAAAAACAGAAGAUGGCAAGAAGUUGUUAUUUUCUGCAGAUGAAAAUGAAAUUGCUAUUGGAGUUGACAAACUGCGGGUAACAGGUCCAGAAGGUGCAGUGUUUGAACAAUCAGUGGAAACGCCUCAUGUCAGAGCCGAAUCCUCAGAAGAGCUCAAGUUGGAAUCACCAACUCGAACUCUGACAAUGGAGGCCCCAAAGGGAGUGCAUAUCACUGCAGCCGAAGGGGAGCUUAAGGCAAGCUGUCGAAGAGAACUAGAGCUCCAGUCUACAGAUGGGGAGAUAUUUUUAAAUGCAAAAACAAUCCGUUUGGGAAACAUCCCGCAGGUCUCAGCGAGUUCAUCAUCAGCCAGUUCUUCAAACCUGCGUCAGACUGUUUAUGAAGUAUGUGUAUGUCCCAAUGGCAAACUCUUUCUCUCACCGGCGUCAGUGGGUUCCACCUGCCAAUCCAGCAGCAGCAUCUGUUUGCGGAUUUAAACCUAUUAACGCUGUUGAAAUUUUACCACCGUAAAAGCCUUUUUGGUACUGUCCCUUGGCUCUGUUUGAUGCUAACGGUGAAAUGGGAACCACUACAAAGCUACAAAGCCUUUGCCGGGACAGAACAGGAGGACAUGGCUGCCUUUCUAUGGUAAUUGGCCAGUCAGUGUAUUAACUGUCAAUGAAGAAAUGUCUGCCCCAAGACAGACUGGAUAUCACCCUUGUUCCCAGAAAGGGGUGAAAUACACAGGUGCCUUUGCUAAUUCAAGUAAAGCACAUAGUUAUUUUUUAUUGUUAGCAGGACCUGGUUAUGAAAGAAAUGAUCAUUUAAUACCACAAAUACAAUAAUGUCUUUUCUCAAAACUUUAGUUUCUUUUUUAACAUUUAACUAGAUUUUGGUUUUGCCAUGUCGUAAAAAACUGGAAUUUAUGGGAUUCCUGAAUAGUAUUGACUGAACAUUUAAAUGAAGUGUAGAAUUUGCAUGUCAGUCAUCUGUAAAGGAAUGAACAAAUCAUUCAUUCGUUCCUCGUUUUGUUUUCCAAUGUGUAAGGAAAUCAUUUUCAGCUGCAUUCCAGAUCUUUCUGUAAACAUGUUGGUGAAACUAUAGCUUUGUGAUAUUGAUUUUUUUUGUGAUGUGAUAUAAACCAAAGAAUGGAACAUGUGAUGUAAAUUCCAAACACUGCACAAUGCAGCUAGUACUACCCAGCACAAUAGCAUUAAGAGCAUUACAGAGAUGUGUGUGUGGGGGUGGGGGCUGGUGAGAAAACAUCCAUUUCCUACAAUUGGUUAAAAAAAACUCCCAGAAUUGGCAGUUUGGUCAUACCCUAUUGAAUAAACCACUUAUUGAUAACAAAUCUUAAAUCUUUGAUUCAAGAACAAAUUGAAAAACAUGGUGCUCUGUCUACCUAACAAAGCUUGCUUUUGUCUUUGGUUCUCCCAAACCACCUAAUUUAAAUUUGUACUCAUCCCUAAAGGACAACACAUCUCAUCAUUUAUAUGUUACACCAGGCCUGCUAGUUAUUUUCUUUCUUUUACUAAUCUCAUUAAAGUACAUUUUCUUUAUGUAUGAACAAUUUAAUCUGAAUGAUAAAGGAAACUAUUUUCUUACAUAUUCUAUGCAAAUGUUUGUAAAAUUACAAUAUUGCCAAAAUGACAAAAGCUGUGCUUUUGUACUCUUUACGUCUCUUGCUUUAUGUAAACUGAAAACAUUUUUUCUACUUAUAAGAGCGGAGCUGUAUGUCUUGUUAACUGUAGCUAAAGGUUAUUAGACCUCUUGUCAGACUCACCAUACCUUCAUGGAUUAAAAACCAGGUUUGAAAAGUUGUCAGUUAAAUUACGUUUAACUUCCAAAGCAAACUUGACUGUAGAGGCUUGGCCAUCGUUUGCUCCCAGCAAAAGCAGUUGGCUUCAAACAAAGCUGUUGCCAGUUGGUUGAGAGGAAGGUAUUACAGGAACUGUUCAUAGAAGACUAUGUAAGUGGUCUUGAAUAUUGGCAACUCUUUAAAUGGUUAAUGUUUUAUUCAUUUUAUUCUCCUUUGUUAAGAAUGGAUAAAUUUAUGGGAAUAAGUCUAUUACAUAGAGCUUUGAUAAUAUGUUUCAUAUGAACACAGAGAUUAUUUAAUAUGGAUAUAUUUAAUACUCUUUCCAUCAAAAGUAAAAUAAGGAAAAUCAAAAACACUAGUUCAGGAAAUAUUUAAGUUACAAUAUCAAUGAAUGCAAAUAGGCUGGCUGAUAGAUAUAAAUGGAUUUUCAAAGAAAGUGAGUUUCAAAAUCAGCUGGAAUUUCUGACCCUAGUUUUGUAAAGUCAGCUCAUUAGAACAAAUCCAGAUAUCAAUAAGGUGAUAUAACAGGGGCCAAUUGUAAAUUCGGGCAGCUGAUGAUUAAUCAGGCUGAGUCAUCUUAGUUUUCUGGUAGCACCUGAUUAAACUAUCUUGUCAAAUUCAGUAUGACAAGCCAAACUGGUAGCAUGCUAUUGGUUUUCAAUGCAGCCUUUGUAAUUACCUGACUAUAUUGUCAGCUUUUAGUCUUUAAAAAUUCAAUUAGAUAUUGGAGUCCAGAAACCACAAUUAUAAUUACAUCUUUAUAUCAUCAGACUAACCUUGGCAAGUCAUGUAUUGCCCAUCUAAGCAUUUAACUCUUAUGAAAUAAAAGCAAUGGAUUGCAGAUAAAACUUUUGUUUGGAAUAUGUACAAAACAACUUUUCAAACUUAGUGUUUAAUAUGGUUCUUAUGUCACUAUUUUGCAAUUUUACUUUAUGACUGUGCAUACGUUUCAUUUUAGUGAACUUAAGAAUGAAAUAGUUGAAAGGAAGGAAGCAUUGUUUGAAGAUGUUGGCUGCUAUAGACCUGUAAUUAUUCUGUUGGUCUCCAGUUGUGUCUGACGGGAAAGGUGCACAGGGCCUUCUGGAGCGUGGCAAGGCACCUGUUAUACCAGACCACUUUGGCUUUCAGAUUUUUCCGUGAUUGCUGCAUAAGUGAUGAGAACUCCACCUGAACCUUUCAGGACCAAUCUCAUUGGGAAGGGUAAUGACUGGAUUGGAACAAGGACAUGGAACUGGGCUUAGGAGAUCUUCAGGAAAACAGUGUCUGCUUCCUUGCCAGUUAGACGAGGUGACUGACAUAAAAUUAACCACUUUAUGGCAAAUCCAAUUGGGUAGGAGAAACAAAAUCUGGUCUUCAAACAAAUGGGAGAUUGACUGAUUAUAAUGGAGUAAAGAAUGGGGAUCAGGUAUCAGGUUAGGGCAGGAGUUCCCAGCCUGGGGUUCAUGGACCCUACGGUUAAGAGUAAGGGACCAUGGCAUAAAUAAGGUUGGGAACCCCUGGUUUAGGAUGUGGGGGAUAUGGUUGCUUGUCUUCCCUCCCAUUUAUAAAAAGGCAGCACUUACUGUAUAUGCCUCCUGAUUCCAAGGGGCAUAUGAGUGCUUAAGGCAACCCUUGCACCUUGCUCAUCAGUCCCAUAUAAGUGACAAGUCCUCUAGGUAGCACUGCAAACUGAUAAAGAUCAGUACCAAAUGCGGUCAACAAGUGUGACCACCAGGAGUUCUACUGAAAAUUCCCUCUGAAUGUGAGAGUAGAAUAAAGAAUCUUUGCACAGCUGGUAAAAAUACUCUGAUAAGGGCAUAAGAAUAUUUAUGAGAAUUAAGGAGUGUUUGAUUUGGUUGAUGGAAAACUAUUUCAGUUUAGUCAUUACUCUGCUAUUUAAUUAAUGCAACUACUGUAUAUAUUAACUCUUUUUUAGCUACUCCUGUAAAUUUGUAACAUUUUGUAAAAAACUACAGUAAAAUUUUCAAAAAUAUAUGUACAGUAUACAUGUAUCUAAUAGGAUUACCAUUGUCUGCUGGCAAUAACAAACAAAAAGGUAUAUGGCUAUCAUAUUAUAAAUAUGCGCACUUUCUGAGAAGUGAGUGGAGCCUGUAUAGAGAGCAACCAGAGAAAAUAAGAUGGAAGAAUAUAGAAAUGCACAAAAGCCUCAUACUUUUUUUUGUUUGUCACUGCAUUUAGAUUCAGUCUACCUGGUUAAUUAAUUACAGAAAAAAUA